AUGUGUAUCUCUGCAGAGAUUCCUGAGACAACAGGAUCAAGAGCACAGGAGGACUUCCUUGUUGCAUGCAGAACAAUUGAUCUAGAAUACGGCACAUCAGGCCUGCGAGCUCUGAUCGAUCUUGAGGACGCUGGCACUGCUAUCCCAUCAGUGGAGGACUACGUCAGCAAGUUCACCACUUACCUCAAGCGUGUGCUACCGCUGUCGACAGGACUCAGCUCAAUGGCUGCGGAGCUCGAUGUUGCAAAGCCUCAGCAGCAGAACAAGGAUGGUUACAGGAUCAAGCUGCAACACAAGCCGCAAUGCCCAUGUGGCCUACAGCACUACUGGGUUGACUGCUGGUUGAUCAACACAGAGCAUCCACGAAGACCUAAGGCCUUUGCCAACGCAAUUGGCCAAAAGAAGCUUGAUGCCGCCCUGGCCGCUGACAACGACUUGAGAGACAAGCUCAACAAGGCGCUCAAUAAGUGGCGCGCAAAACAGCAAGAGAAUAGAGGGAGUAUUGCUAUAGACGACGGCAACUGUCCCACUAGACAUACAGCUAACACUCAAGUUAAUAUAAAAGCUUGCAACAACAUGAAAAAGAAAGACAACCUCUACACAGCAGUGAGCAUGGAAGAGGAUAUUGGCAAGCUCAGCAACCAAUAG